UGUUUAAAUACGAGGCGCCAGCUGUCGCGGUGCUACUACGCUGUCACGGGAUGCCAUUUUCGGAGCCCGUUCGGUUGGGUCGCAAACGAGCCCUGCCGUCUUGUCCGAACCCGCUGUUCCUUAAAUGGCUCACCGAGCUUCGUGACGACGCCAAAGAGAAGGGACUGAAGAUCCACCACACUUACCACAAGGCUAUUAACUCUUUGACUAAGUAUCCUCUCCCACUUCAAAGCGCCACCGAGGCUAAGAUUCUUCAAAACUUUGGGGACGGAAUCUGCAAAAUACUUGAUAAAAAGUUGCAACAGUACUACAAAGAACACGGGCCAAACGCCCCCAUACACUCCCUCCCGAAAAGACUACAGACUGCUGGGGAAUUUGAUAACAACAGCCUGGCUCCUCGUCAAAAGAAGAAUGAUGCUCCGGUUAGUGAUAGUACUGCGGCAGAAAAAAAGGGAGAAGGAGGUGGACGGAAGAAGAAAAGAGAAUAUGUUCCGCAGAAGAGGUCUGGAGGAUACGCAGUUCUGCUGACACUUUACAGAGAAGCACAGAUCCCAGGCAGUAAAGGUUUCAUGUUUAAAAUGGAGCUGCAAACUGAAGCACAGAAGUUGUGUGAUAAAUCUUUCACCGUGCCAGAUCUUGGGAGCAAAUACACGGCCUGGUCCUCUGUCAGCACCCUGAUCCAGAAGAACCUGCUGAUAAAGACUCACAAUCCUGCCAGGUAUUCUCUGACUGAGGACGGCCUGGCUUUAGCAGAGCGGCUGGAAGCAGCUGAAACUGGAGAGCAGUCACCAGUAGAUGGCAAUAGAAAGGUGCAGGCAGAAGAAAGUCCAAAGCUGGUGGACUUGACGUGCAGUGAUGAUGAGGAUGAUGAAGAGGCAAGACCAGUAACUCCUGACAUACCUGUGACUGCCAGCAUCCACUUGACCAGUGGAGAUGCAGACGGAGGCUCCACGGACUCUGUUGCGCUGCAGACCAAGAGCCGACAGAUGGACGGAGGGCGACUCCCGCCUGGAUCUUACGACAUCGUGCUCUGUGUUGACUUCAUAGAGACGACUGGGGGCUGUCAGCACAGGAAGCAGGAGCUUGUCAAGGAACUGCAGAGGAACGGAGUCAACUUUGAUGUGAGGAAACUCAACGUUGGAGAUUUCCUGUGGGUCGCCCGGGAGAAGGUGGCACCUGUGUCAGGUCAGUUGCGAGCUCCUGCAGGCAGAGAGCUGGUUCUGGAUUACAUCAUCGAGAGGAAGAGGAUGGACGACCUGUGUGGCAGCAUCAUUGACGGACGCUUCAGAGAACAGAAGUUUCGGCUCAAGAGAUGUGGCCUCCGUAAGCCCAUCUACCUGGUGGAGGAGUGCGGCAAAGCAGCGUCCCACAUGAGCUUGCCCGAGUCCACGCUGCAGCAGGCCAUCGUCAACACACAGGUGGUGGACGGCUUCUUUGUCAAGAGAGUGCAGGACGUGAGGGAGUCGGCAGCGUACCUCACCAUCAUGACACGCUACCUGAGCAAACUCUACCAGAAUCAGACGCUGUUCUGCCGCUCCAGAGAGCUGGACGGGGACGUGGUGGAGGACAGGAGCGUCCCCUCCUGCUCACUCAUCUCCUUUGCCGAGUUUAACUACGGAGCCAUCAAGAAUAAGUGCCAGACUGUGAAGGAAGUGUUCGCCCGACAGUUGAUGCAGGUCAGCGGACUAUCGGGGGACAAAGCAGCGGCUAUACUGGAGCUGUACAAUACGCCACACAGCCUCUUGUCGGCCUACAACCGCUGCUCAUCUGAAGCAGAGAAGGAGAAGCUCCUCGCGUCUGUACGAUACGGAAAGCUCAAAAGAAACUUGGGUCCAGCUCUAAGCAAAACGGUUUAUCAGCUGUACUGUACUCAGGGGCCGCUGCUGUAGAGCCAUCAUGUCAUGUGACCAAGCUGAAGUCAGGACGUAUGUGACCUCAUCAUGCUCCUAGUUCCUAUCUGAAAGGAUGUUGAAAAUGCUGCUACAUGUUAUGAACACGUUUAUUUUUUACAAUGUCAAAAUAAAGUUGAUAUUGAGUUGAGUGAUUCUGUGUUCGCUGUCUAUGAACGCAUCUGUUGCUGUGACAUCAUGACUGGCACCUCAUUACCUCCUGAUGCAAAUGAAAUGGUUCAAAGGUG